UUUUUGUGGGUGUUGUUUCAACGUGCCGCAGAUGCUAUGGAAGCUGGCGUAUUAAACCACCAUUUAUUCUACUUUCCCACCACGUGUGGUCGACGAAUUUACCGAAGUAGCGAUUCGUGUCGCCGCUGAGCCAUUUCGGACCGUUUGGAAUAACUGAACAUUAUGAGAACACAGUGACAGGAACCAACGUUUUUCUCUUUUUCCUCCUCCUCCAAGAACCUCCUACAUCAGCAUGAAGGGCCGAACUGACGCUCCUCAGGACCGGGGCUGCUUAGUGGGAGUCAUUUUCUUCAUUCUGGGCCUGGGAACACUGCUGCCAUGGAAUUUCUUCAUGACUGCCUCACUGUAUUUCCAAGGUCGCCUAAACACAACAGAAUGGAGCAACGGCACAGUGGUGGUCCGCAAAGAGUACUACUUCAACAACUGGAUGACCCUGCUGUCCCAGCUACCCCUGCUGCUAUUCACCCUGCUCAACUCCUUCCUGUACCAGAGGAUAUCGGAGGCGGUGCGUAUCGCCGGCAGCCUCGUCUUCAUCCUGCUGCUCUUCAUCCUCACAGCAGUGCUGGUCAAAGUGCCCAUGGAGGAGGACCGCUUCUUCUCCGUCACCAUGGCUACUAUCUGGUUCAUUAACUCGUUCGGAGCCGUGCUGCAGGGCAGUCUGUUCGGCCUGGUGGGGCUGCUGCCUCAGAAGUACAGCGCCAUCUUCAUGAGCGGCCAGGGCCUCGCCGGGACCUUCGCUGCCAUCGCCAUGCUGCUCGCCAUCGCCAGUGAUGCAGAUUCUGAGUCGGCAGCUUUGGGUUACUUCAUCACACCUUGCGUGGGGACGUUGGUGACGCUCUUCAGCUACCUGCUGCUGCCACGCCUGGAGUUUGCUCAGUUUUAUCUGAACAAAAGCAGCAAGUACGAGGCAGACACCACGGAUGAUCUGCUGAAAGAGAGAAGCUCUGUGGAAAACGGGAAGCUGAACGGCCACGCUAACGGGUCGGUGACCGGCGGUUCGGCAACGGACGGCGGUGUGGCCGAGACCGAGGUGGAUCCUGAUCAGGACGGGAACAAGCAGGCCUUCCUGUCUCUGGAGCCGGAGGAGAAUCAGCAAACCAAGGCCUCGGUCAUAGAGGUGUUCAAAAAGAUUUGGGUGAUGGCGUUCUGUGUGACGUUCGUGUUCACCGUCACUCUGUCCGUGUUCCCCGCUGUCACUGUAGAUGUCAAAACAUCGUUCCCAGGAAAAUGGGAGCGUUUCUUUAUCUCAGUGUGCUGCUUCUUGAUUUUCAACAUCAAUGACUGGAUUGGUCGCACCGUCACCACAUUGAUACAGUGGCCUCGUAAAGAGUCCCGUCUGUUCCCGGCGCUGGUCGUCUCCAGGGUGGUUUUCAUCCCUCUGCUGAUGCUCUGUAACGUCCAGAGUCGCUCCUUCCUUCCUGUUCUCUUUUCCCACGACGCCGCUUUCACCGCCAUCAUGGCUCUCUUCUCUCUGUCCAGCGGCUACUUCGUCUGUCUGUCCAUGUCCUACGCACCACAGUUAGUGGAGCAGAAGGACGCAGAGACGGCUGGAGCCCUGAUGACCUUCUUCUUGGCCCUGGGUCUGUCCAUAGGAGCCGCCCUGUCCUUCCCCCUCCGGACUCUGGUCUAGACACACACAUACAGAGCUGCAUAGACGCUUGAAUAAUCUCACAAACACCUGAAGGAGGAAGUAUGAUAAGUAGUUUUUCAUCAGUCUGCUCCUUCCGUACGAUCUUCUUGUUUUUACCCCUCGUCUGUCAAUUGAUUUGACAGUUCUGACAAUUACGGCCCGUCGGCUGUAACAAACAGCUCAUGAAGUGGUCUACAAGGACUGACAAUGGGAAAUCCUUUAUGUUACUGUGGAUGGAUGGUUUUUAUACCAGCUUCUAACCUGAAGACAGAAGUUGGACUUUUUAUGUUGACUGUUUUACAUUUUUAGUUUUAUUUAUGUUUAAUUUAGCAUUGUUUAAAGGAAAUCCUCUAGAUAAAGGGAAACCAUAGGAAGAUGGACAUGAUUAAUUUUCAUAUGUUCCUGGACUUGAUUGAUUUUGCCACAGUUAAGCUUUGUUUAUACUCUGGUUGGCUUUUGAUAUGAGAUAGAUUUUUUAAAAAUCUGAUUGAUGGCUUGAAUGAAUGCUUUUUUGUUAGCUUAAUUACAGUAGUUAUUUUAGCUGUAUUUUUCUUGCAAACAUUAUUUAGUAUUUUCUAAUGAAUCUAGUGAAACAGCAGUGUGUUACAGGUGUAGAACAAAGAAAGACUUUGUGGUAAUGUUGUACUGUAACUUACAGAUGGUGGGUUAAUGACCUGCCUGAGGGACAUGGAUCGAUUACUAAACAAGAAAAGUCUCAGGGGACGGGGGCCCUGGGCCAGAGCCUCUAUUUACAUUUUAUGUUCAAAUGCAAAACUAUCACAAAGAGGCAGAAAACAACAAUGAAAAAUGAACUACAAAGAGACACAAAGGAGUACUGGAAAGAAAUGCUGAAAACACAAACACAUACUAGAAAUACGUACUAAAAGUGUGAUGCAAGACAAUGUCAGACUAGUACAGAGACUCAAAACAACUAUGAAGAGUAUUGAAACAAUUACAAAAAGACUUAGAAACAACCACCAAGAGACCUAAAACAAUCACAAAAGCACUCAAAAUAACUACUGAGACUCAAAAUAACUGUUAAGACAAAACGAUUGCAAAGAGACUCGGCUCUACCACACGAAGACUCAAAACUACCAGAGGAAGACUAAGAACUACCACAUGAAGACUCAAAAUUACCACAUGGACACUCAAAACUACCACAGAAAGGCUCAGAGCAACCACAAACGGUUACAAAACACCCACAGAGACUCAAAACAAAUCCAGAAAUAAUGAAAACAAUCACAAAGGCUCCAAACAACCACCGAGAGACUCCAAACAACAACAAAUGGGUACAAAAAUCCACCAACAGGUACAACAAACCCCAGAGACCUAAAACAACCACAUCAAGACACCCAAAACAACCACAAAUGGAUCCAAAAAACCCACAUACAGGUACAAAACAACCACGAAUAGACUCAAAACAACCACAAAGACGUGUAUAGUGAAGUGUCUCUUAUAGGUGGGGGUCUUACUGCUAUGUAGCUUUACCUUUAACGUGUGUCUAGUGGCUGGUUGUCUCAUAACAACUCAGUGCAGUUAGUCUCCUAGUUACCUCUACGAACCUGCAGCACCAGCAAGUAGACUACUACUGCCAUCUACUGGACAAUAAAUGUAGCUUCUUUACAACUUCAUAGUUAAACAUGCUGUGACAGAUAGAGGACAGGACGUUUACAGCAAGCUCUCUUCUACACUCUGGAGUCUAAAGCUCAGACACCAGCUCUUGACACAGGAAGUAGAUUUACUUGAGUUUCUUGGGAUCUUUUACUGCAGCUUACUGGUUGGACGAACCAACAGACUGACGCCUUUUGUUACAUUGAGCCAUUGAUGCACAAUCACGUGUGAAUAUUGGAGUAAUUGUGAAAAACAAAAGUUUAUGUACUGUUGUACAGCUGUUGUUCUGGCCAUUUAACUGUGUCGGAUAGUGUAGGGUUUGUAGACAUUGUAGACCAUUGUGCCAUGCUCCAAUGACUGAUUCUAGCGCACACAUGUACAAAAACGACCAUUAUAGCUCAAGAUCCACAAUAACCAUUAACUCAUAUAGGAAGUGCUGCAUUUAUUCUGUGUUUAAUGUUUUUGUUUUCAACUGAAUCUGUAAAGGAAGAGUUUAAGGAUGUUGAGUUCGUGUAAAUAAGCUUCAAAACAAACCAAGGGCUGAGACUUAAUAUUAAGCAAUAUUAAUAUUUUAUUUUUAUUUAAAAGCGGGACCUCAUUUAUGCAACACAGCAAGGAGUUGUCAUGGCAACUAUGGAUCACAUGUGGUCCUGAAUGGAAAAGGUAGUUGAUGCCGACUAAAUGUUGAACACUGCCGCUUUAUUUGGAAGCUAAAUUUCCCACAUUAAGUCGAUGCAGCAUCAGUGACAUGGAGUGUGGUCUUGUUGUAGUGACUUCAGGACCCUUACACAUGAAACACAUCAAAAAUAUGGACUUCAAAUGAUGAGACUCUCAGGCUGGAUGUACAGGAAGUAGAUACAGGAAUAAUAGGGUUAAAACAUCCAUGUUGUGUUGGGUUAAAUACAAAUCUAUGCUCGUGUUGCCAGUCGUUUUUGGUGCAUCCAUCGCAACAUUUCACCCUGCUGUGUUUUUUUUUUUCCUUCAACCACAUCGUUACUGACUGAUCCAUUGCUGGUUCACUGCAACCCCAGAGGUGCAGUAAAGGGAAUUCAUGCCUGUUCAUAAUGUAUCUGUACAGACUGGGUGUAAAUAAAUGGAUGAACCGA